AACACAACACACAUGCAGACACGUUUUAGGAGGAAGUGCACUCUCUGUUAGGGGAACUGUUAAAGUUGCAAUUUGAAGAAAAAAAGUUGUAUCCUUCCUGCUAGAGAAAAGUUUUCCCAAAUGAAAAGGAAUUUGUCUGUGCUGUGCUGGGACUCAGACAAGAAAAACUUUACUAAGUAAUCUGAGAUGACUACACUCCAGGAUAAGGUCAAAGCAAUGUCAACCAUGGAAGGUGACCAGUGGAUCUUUUCCUCUAACUCCUUGCCGUCAGACCCUCGUCUCAUGGCAACUUUAGCUAAUGGAUAUCUGGGUACUCAAGUCUAUGGAGAUAUUUUUCAUGUGAACGGUGUCUACAAUGGAGCUGGAGGCAACUGCCACAGGGCUGACAUCCCUAGCCCAUGCUUCAGGCUGGUUGCAGCUAAAGAAAAAGUUCUAACUGAGACAUUUGCAUUAAACAUCAAAACAGGUACAUUUAUUCACACUCUCCAGUGUCCUUCAUUUACUGCAACCCAGCAGAUCUUUGCUCAUCGAAGUUACUGUCACCUCUUUGUAAACAUUGUGACUUUGAUGUCUACACAAGGAUCCCACCCGGUCAGUGUGAACCUUCAAAGCAAGUUCAAGAUAGAAAGCCCAGAUCUGAAUUUGCAGGAAGGGCCAGACUUUGGGGAAUAUAAGUAUAUCUUUGGAAGUACGCUGCAGUCAGAGACAGAUUCAUGUCCGGUUAAGUCUAUCCAUAUGAUAUGGACUCCUGUUCCUCCAUCCCUGGAGCUCACAGGUAGCAAGGAGAAGACUUGGGUGUUCCUCACAGCAGUGUGUGAAACUGAAAACAAUGUGAAGGAAAAAUUUGAUGAAGGUCUUACUUUGAUUGCUGAAAUGCAGCUGUAUUCCUCCCAUGAAAGAGCUUGGGCAGAAUUUUGGGCACAGAGCUGUAUAGAGGUGGAAAGCUCUUUGUCCACUAUACAAGCAGUGAAUGGCUGCCUUUAUUAUCUGCUUUCCUCCCUUCCACAACUGGGGUACACUGGUGAGUUUUAUGGAAUUAGUCCUGGUGGUCUUUCCAAUGGCCGCAGUAAAGAAGACUACUGGGGACAUGUAUUUUGGGAUCAGGAUAUCUGGGUGUAUCCGAAUAUCCUAUUGUUCUAUCCAGAGAUGGCUAAACACAUCCUCAAAUACAGGAUAAGGACCCUCAAGGGAGCGCUGCAAAAUGCUCAGGAACAAGGCUACAAGGGUGCUAAGUUUCCCUGGGAAAGUGCUUUAACUGGCUGUGAAGUCUGCCCUGACAGUAUUUAUGGAGACCUGGAACUUCACAUUAAUGGAGAUGUUCUACUAGCAUUCCAGCAAUAUUAUUAUUUGACUAAGGACUUGGACUUCUUUGCUUCAGCUGGAGGAUGGGAGGUAGUGAGCUCAGUUGCUGAAUACUGGUGUAGCAGAGUGGUUUGGAGUGAAGAAGAGCAGAGCUAUCAUCUGAAUGGUGUGAUGCCCCCUGAUGAGUAUCACUGGGAUGUUAAUAACUCAACAUAUACCAAUGCUUUGGUCCAGACAAGCUUACAUUUUGCCAUAGACCUGGCUGUUUCUCUAGAGCAUCACAUUCCCGACAUAUGGAAAGAUGUAGCCAGCAAGAUCAAAGUGCCUUAUGACCCUAAGAUAAAAUACCACCCAGAAUUUGAUGGAUAUGAAAUAGGGCAAACGGUGAAGCAGGCAGAUGUAGUCUUACUCGGCUAUCCCAUGAUGUUUCCCAUGACUAUUGAGCAACGUAUGAAUGACCUACAAAUUUAUGAGUCCCUUACAGAUCCUGAUGGUCCUGCAAUGACCUGGAGUAUGUUUGCUGUUGGCUGGAUGGAACUGAAGAAGAUUCAGGUGGCCCAGCAGCAACUGGAGAAGUGCUCUGCAAACAUCACUGAGCCAUUUAAGAUUUGGACUGAGAAUGCAGAUGGAUCUGGAGCGGUGAAUUUUCUCACAGGAAUGGGUGGAUUUCUUCAGGCCAUACUGUUUGGCUAUACUGGACUAAGGAUUGCUAAAACCCAUUUGAGCUUUGACCCCAUAUUACCUGAUGACAUCACCAGGCUUCUCAUCACUGGCGUUUUUUAUCUUGGCAACAAAUUGAAUUUCACCCUGUAUAGUGAUAUUAUAACAAUAGAAGUCACAUCGGUACUUGGAGGCCAGAAUUGCACACUAGAGGUUUAUUUUAACCAACUAGAACCAAGAUUGCCUUUAAAUAUAGGCAGACCUGUGUCAUUUCCAACAAGAGCAGGGCAGGUUCAGUUAAAAGAAACCGAUUCUACUUGUACCUAGGACUUCAAUCAGAAAGAGCAAUUUCUAUUGUAUGACUUUGUACUUGUAUUUUGGAGACAAAUCAUUCAACACAUUUGAAUUCACUCCUUUAUUCAAGCCAAAUCAAUCGGAAUGCUUUAAAGAGGAACCAAACACCCCCCCCCCCCUCAAGCAAACUCACAUUGUGAAUUGUACAUGGAAGAGUAAGUAAAUUACAUCAAACUUGCUUCAUGCCCAAACAUGAAGACAGCCGGUAGCAAUAAAAUCCCAUUUCAUACCAGAGAAUAAAUUAACCAAAGACAUACUUAUUUAGAAUUAGGGUCUAUCAUGACUGAUAAAUGGCCUUUGAGCUUGUGACUAUGGCUUAAAGGUGUUAGUUGAUAAAACAAAAUGCAUGGCAAUUUAAAUGACUGUCGCAGAGUACAUAUACUGAAUAUAGACAUAUGUUAAGACAUAUGUUGAAACUGUGCAAAAGUCAGGAGUUUCAUUAGGCCUUCUAUACUAGUGAUGUGCAGGGUUGAAUAUUUUUGGGGUCCUGCGGGGUUUAGCUGUGACAUUCGCAUUGUUAAUUUAAGCACCUGGGUCAACAACUGCUGCACCGCCUGCUGUCGUUGUUGUUACGCGGCUACUCUCUGAGUAAAGAAAUCCCUAGGCAGCAAAUUUAUUUUUCAUUAAUCAUUUCAUACUGUUUUUGGUACAAUUAUUGAAUAAAGCUUUUAUUGAGCAUU